AAUGGGCGGGGCAUGCCCCAUAUUGGGUCGUUCAAGACGGAACGCAACAAGGCUGAUAAUUUGCAGUAGCUUGUUGGUGUUCUUGCGUCUAAGUCUCCGUGGAGAGGAACUGUUCAGCAAAUACAGACUUCACAAGUGGACGGAGUCAAACAAACCGCUGGUCAUCAUGGCACUGGACGGAUGUGGCCUCGCCUGCAAAUACAUCCUCUUCAUUUUCAACCUCAUCUUCGCGGUGCUGGGGUUUGUCUUUCUGGGUCUUGGUGUCUGGCUGCGGUUUAGCGCUGGCACCAGAGGCAUCUUCGAAGUAGAAGCCCUCAACUCCAGUACAUUUGUUGCCGCUGUGACGGUGCUGAUAGUUCUCGGGGUAGUGUUUCUGAUCAUGGUGUCGUUCGGAGACUACGGUGCCUGCAGUGAGAAAAAAUGUGCUCUGCAAGUGUUCUCUGUCAUUGUGUCCAUUAUGGCUGGAGCUGAAAUUGCUGUUGGAGUGCUUGCUUAUACCAACAGGGCUUGGGUUGGGCGGGAGUUGGUGGAGUUCUACAGUAGCAUGUACGCUCUGUAUGUGGCUAAUGGAGACCCAAUCAUUGGUAUAACUCUCACAUUCAUCCACAAGACACUUCACUGCUGUGGAAUGACAGGAAUCUCCUUGAUAGAGCUGGUUCAACAAACCUGUCCCGAACCAGAUGGGUUCUUGCAGCGUUUCGCCAUGCCUAACUGUCCUGGGAUCAUCGUAGAUGUCUUUGACAGGAAAGCAGAACUGGUGAUGGGCAUCUUUAUUGGAAUUGGAGCUCUUCUGAUCAUAGCUCUGAUUUGCAGCACAACCCUCAGUAAAAAGAUGCAUCAGUCUGCCUCAUCUCCUCAGUACCUCAUCCUGACUCAGCCUCAAACAUCCCAAUUUGUCUCCACCUCCUACCCCAACCCUGACAAUGACCCAGUCGUCUUCACCCCUCUCACUAUGGCUAACAUCCCCAUAGCUUAGUGCACUUACUAUUUCACACUGUCUCUCUCGCGCCAUUCUCUUCACCGCUGAACAUGUUCAGCUUUUCUCUGCAAUGGCAUCUUAUUAAGCUAAUCAUUCUGCACACAUUUUCAACAAUCACGUGUCAUUUAUUGAGUGUCUGGAAGUGGUGAUGUACGGCACAGUACUAGUCCCUGGGUGGAGGCUCACACUAGUGAGGCGCAGGUUACAGAAAUACAUUUACAUACAAUACAAAGAUAUUAACAUUUUGCCUUUAAUCUCACACAAGCUUCUUGGUAGCAGGAGCUUGUAUGUGCAACCUCUCUCUCUCUCACUAAUUCAUUCUGUGGCUGGUUUAAUCAUGGGGGUGGAUCAUGGGGGUGGUGAGGAGGAGAAGGCAGGCUGUUCACUGCACAGGUCUUUGUCCCAUCACUGCUUUUUUUUUUACCCC